CGCAUCUGGUCGUCAUCAUCAUCAUCCUCAUCCCCAGCUGCAGCAGCUCUUCCUGCUCAGAUGUGAGUCAGUCAGGCUGGGAAGAGAGCUUCUCCUUCUCCUUCUCCUUCUUCUUCUCCUUCUUCUCAGAGGACUUCUCUCGCGCUCAAACAGCAGGACGAGCUGAAAUACUGAAGCUACAUCUGGUUUUGCGCGCCGCCGCUGGAUGGAUUGGCUGUACUAAGUUUUGAUGUGGAAAAGUAGGCGAGGAGAACAAGUUUGCUGAAGUUUUCCUGAUCUGGAUGUGAACACACCCGCCCUCUGCUCGGCUAACCCGGGUCUCUCUGUGGCUCCUGGAGGCGCUGCUGCUGCUGCUGCUGCGUCCUAUGCACGGAGGAUCCCCUCUGCUCGCGUGUCUUGUUUUUUCUUCUUCUUCUCCACCUUCUUGUCGCCGCUCCGUUUCUCCCGCUGUUCCCCUCUUGCGUCAUGACUUCUAGCUAUGCACAUGUAAUGGACAGGCAAGCGUCUCUAUCAAACCGCCUGGAGAGUCCGAUCACGUCGAACCUGGACAACCUGCAAGCCAAAAAGAACUUCUCGGUCAGCCACCUGUUGGAUCUGGAGGAGGCCGCGGAAAUGGUGGGCAGCCAGGCGGACGAGAGCGUCGGGGAGGCGGGGAGGAAUAUGCUGGAGUCCCCGGGGUUGACCAGCGGGAGCGACACGACCCAGCAGGAGAGUAAGUGCAAAAAGCAGAAGCGACAAGCAGCGCUGGAGCUGAGAGGGGGGAAAA